AGAGACUAAAAGUCAUUGCAGGUUCCGCCCACCCAUCUCAGCACAAAGCAGCUCUCUAUUCCUCCUUACAGGAUUCACGUCCUCCCCUUUUCCACCAUUGGGAGUGUACAUAUUGUAACAUACCUACUAUAUACUGUCUAACAAGGUGUCGUUUUAAUGAUGUAUAACGAAAGAGAACGUUUGGAUGGUUCUUGGAAAACGCACGCGGUCACAGGACUCGGGAGACUUUGAGGCGGGGAGGAGUUACGGUGGUGUUGUUUCGUUCAACUCGAGAUACCGUUUCAGGCAAGACGACAGUAUAGGAAACAUGGUAGACUGGCAGGCUACUACAUCCAAGAUCUGUGAAACUUAAGUAGCGCGUGUCUGAGAACGGGACAUGAAGACCUUUGACGGUGACGGCAAUGUAAUGGUGUGUGUGUUUAAAGCCGACGCAUUGCACGCUGAGUAUCUACAUUCUUAGUGCGAAGUCUCCCACCACCGAUUCAUUUGGUUAACGUCCCAUUCCUCUCCAGAAAACGGAUCUCUCCAGAUCCUUCUGGAUCUCUCUCUCCUCGCCCCUAUAGUGGAUUUGGAUGUGGGAUAGUGAUCCCAGACUCCUGGACCACACACCUCCGGCCCUUCUUCAGCCAGCAGGAGUAUCUUCUAGUGCGACACACACACCGUCAGCUGGUUCACAGUGGCUACUACUGGGGAUGGGGGAUCCAGUGGAGGGCUCUCUUCUGUAUGAUGGUCAGAGACACUCUGGCAGGAACCACAGUGGAACCAUCGCAGAACCACACGGCACCCACGCAGAACCAGGACGGAACCCAGCAGCUUCCAGGGGAAACCCUAGAACACGUAGAACAACAGAACCGUGUUCAAGAACAACAGAACCAACUCCUAGAACUCGAGAACUUCGAACUCUUAGGUCAAGAGAAUGAACUCUUAGAACAACAGAACCUAGAACAUCAGAUCCAACUCUUAGAACUAGAGAAUACGGUCCAGACCAGCACAGACAACCGGACCACACCUCCAGACAAGACCAGUUCUGGCGGUGCCCUCCAUCCCUGGUGGCCUCAACAGAGCAGCUUUAAAGCUACUAGACCCAGUGUCCCUCCCCCCUGGCCAAGCCCCAGUGUCCCUCACCCCUGGCCAAGCCCCAGUGUCCCUCACCCCUGGCCAAGCCCCAGUGUCCCUCACCCCUGGCCAAGCCCCGGUGUCCCUCUCCCCUGGCCAAGCCCCAGUGUCCCUCUCCCCUGGCCAAGCCUCAGUGUCCCUCUCCCCUGGCCAAGCCCCAGUGUCCCUCUCCCCUGGCCAAGCCCCAGUGUCCCUCCCCCCUGGCCAAGCCCCAGUGUCCCUCCCCCCUGGCCAAGCCCCAGUGUCCCUCCCCCCUGGCCAAGCCCCAGCGUCCCUCUCCCCUGCCUCGGACCUGUUCUCCACUUGCCCGAUCCGAUCCCAGACUCCUGGAUCACACACCUCCGACCCUUCUUCAGCCAGCAGGAGUAUCUUCUAGUGCGACACACACACCGUCAGCUGGUUCACAGUGGCUACUACUGGGGCCCUAUGGAGAUGGAGGAGGCCCACCACACCCUGCUACUGACACCACCUGGGAGCUUCCUCAUCAGGUAUAUACCACACCCUGCUACUGACACCACCUGGGAGCUUCCUCAUCAGGUAUACACCACACCCUGCUACUGACACACUGCCUGGGAGCUUCCUCAUCAGCUAUACACCACACCCUGCUACUGACACACUGCCUGGGAGCUUCCUCAUCAGCUAUACACCACACCCUGCUACUGACACACUGCCUGGGAGCUUCCUCAUCAGCUAUACACCGCACCCUGCUACUGACACACUGCCUGGGAGCUUCCUCAUCAGGUAUACACUGCACCCUGCUACACACACACACACCGCCUGGGAGCUUCCUCAUCAGGUAUACUCUGCACCCUGCUACACACACCGCCUGGGAGCUUCCUCAUCAGGUAUACAGCACACCCUGCUACUGACACACUGCCUGGGAGCUUCCUCAUGAGGUAUACACCACACCCUGCUACUGACACACUGCCUGGGAGCUUCCUCAUGAGGUAUACACCACACCCUGCUACUGACACACUGCCUGGGAGCUUCCUCAUCAGGUAUACACCACACCCUGCUACACACACUGCCUGGGAGCUUCCUCAUCAGGUAUACACCACACCCUGCUACUGACACACCGCCUGGGAGCUUCCUCAUCAGGUAUACACCACACCCUGCUACUGACACCACCUGGGAGCUUCCUCAUCAGCUAUACACCGCACCCUGCUACACACACUGCCUGGGAGCUUCCUCAUCAGGGAUACACCACACACACACUGCCUGGGAGCUUCCUCAUCAGCUAUACACCACACACACUGCCUGGGAGCUUCCUCAUCAGCUAUACACCACACCCUGCUACUCACACCGCCUGGGAGCUUCCUCAUCAGGUAUACACCACACACACACCGCCUGGGAGCUUCCUCAUCAGGUAUACACCACACACACUGCCUGGGAGCUUCCUCAUCAGGUAUAUACCGCACCCUGCUACACACACUGCCUGGGAGCUUCCUCAUCAGGUAUACACACCCUGCUACUCACACCGCCUGGGAGCUUCCUCAUCAGGUAUACAUCACACCCUGCUACUCACACUGCCUGGGAGCUUCCUCAUCAGGUAUACAGCACACCCUGCUACUCACACUGCCUGGGAGCUUCCUCAUCAGGUAUACACUGCACCCUGCUACACACACACACACCGCCUGGGAGCUUCCUCAUCAGGUAUACACUGCACCCUG